CCAGAAAUUCAAAAUUAGGUAUUGCUUCCCCACACUAACAAAUCAAAAACAAUCCCCAUAUCUGUUUCUCUCUCGAGUCUCUCCACACACACUUGCAUAUCAAACGAACCAUGUCGAACUCGAACUCGAGCGACGAACUCUUCUCUUCACUGAUCUCAGACAUCAAGACCUACACAGGCAAAGACCCUCUUCUUCCUUGGCUCAGAGGGAUUCGGAAGAUGAGGGACUCUCUCCCUCCUCUGCUUCUCAAAGAAAAGCUCCCUCGCUUCCUCCAGAAAUGUGCCCAGACCUUCCAAACCGAUCGGCGUUACACCAAUGAUUUGCGCUACUUUCGCGUUUGGUUGCAAUUGAUGGAUUUUGUGGAUGAUCCAAGAGCAGUGUUAAGUACAAUGGAAGCAAACCGUAUUGGGAUGAAGAAGUCACUGUUUUAUCAGGCAUAUGCUCUUUAUUACGAGAAGUUGAAGAAUUUUGAGGAGGCUGAUAAGAUGUAUCAUUUAGGAGUGCAGAACCUUGCAGAGCCAAUUGAUGAGUUGCAAAAGUCCUACGAGCAGUUCCUUCAUCGCAUGGAACGACACAAGAAAAAGAAAAUGCAGUGCCAGGAAAGGAUGAGGGGCAAGGGGCUUCUCCGUGUUGUGAGCCUCCCUCCCAAAUGUAACGAUGCUAAAAGAAACAAUGAGAAGUCUUUACCUGAAACACAACCUAACCAUGAAAAUGUUGAAGUAUCUAGUGAUUCAUCUCUGAAGAUGGGAGUCGAGGGAGAUAUUAGAUGUGGAAGCUUUCUCAAUCGACACGAUAAUAAUCAAGCAGAAUCGGAUGAACCUAACAAUUUUUGUGGUGAUGAUACGGUUGUAGUAAGGUUUCUAGGUACUGCCAUUGCGGGACAGUCUGAAGCAGAAGAUGCAUGCCAUCAUGGCCUUGUAGAGCCCACAAUAAACACAAAAGAAGCCUUGAACGCCAUUAAUAGCAUGUUUCGAGAACCUCUGGAGCCAGCACAUUUUAAUGGGAGAUCACAUAAAAGCAACAAGCCCAAAGUUGAUCAGAGAUUGGACAAAGGAUUUGAAGUGUUUGUUGAUGAAAACUUGGAUGAGGCUGGACCAUCAAACCAAAAUGGUGAGAAGGGUUUUGAACUGCUGCAACAUAACAGAGUUGAAACUAACCAGAUUCUCCAAGAACCACUUCAAAUAUAUAUCGAUGAUGAAGAAAGCAACGGAGUGGAGGAGAGAAUUAAUGUGAAAGAUGAUUUAGAAGAAAGUAAGGUUCAACAACUUACGGAACAUGUUAAUGCAUAUGUGUUUCCAAGUCCAAAUGAUCUAGAUACGGAGAGGUCACCCCGAGCAAGACUUAGAGAGGAUACAGUGGUUUGUAGGUUUGUGGGGUCCACCAUUUCGGAUGAGCCACAGGUAGAAAAUGUUUGCCACCAUGGCCUUGUAGAACCCACAAUUAACUUGAAGGAGGCUAUGGAUGAUAUAAAUAGCAUGUUUGGGAAGCCAAUAGAUUUUGUUAGGGCAAAUAGACGGAAAAAGCAGGACAAAGCUCCAUACAACAGUAAGAAUAACUGUGAGGGGUUUUUAAUACUUCCUGAUGAUGACUUGGGCCAUCAACAAGCGCAUUCCCGACCAAGCUCGACUCCCAAAAACGAUGGUUUGUUCGAGCAGACAGUGUGUACAAAGGAAGCCAUGGAUGAGAUAAACAAGAUGUUUGGAAUGCCAUUAGACUUCUAAGUGAGAGCGAGAUAACGCUAACUUUAGCUGCAGAGAUGGGCUCAGCACCAGACAUCGACCAAGUUCCGAAGUGCUCGCAGCUCUGGCAAUAGACCAUGCCUUCCACCACGACAUCUACAUUCUUCUCUACUGCUUUGGCUGGAACAUUCUCAUAAGCAGCAAUGGAGUGAAUGGCCAAUAGGAGUAAAGAGGCAACAAUCAUGAUCUGGGUGCUUGCCAUCUUCUUUAACGGAGGGUGAUUAGAGCUUUAGAGAGUCGAGUAGAUAGGCUUGGUGUGAUGAGAUGUGGUGAAGAGAGACUUGGUUAGAGAUGGUAUUUAUAGUUUCAUUGCCUAUGAGAAUAUUUGGUGUUUGUUUUGUGGAUUUUUGGCAUUAUAGGCGUGGGAGGCUACUAUGUUGUUGCAUUUCAACUACCUUGUGUUCUUCAUAUUUGUUUGUGUACGUGAAGGUCACCUUCAAUUGUCAACUUUAUUAUUGUAUUCUGGUUAAUAUUUUUUUUGGGUUUUGUCUAGUGGUGGCAUGGCAUAUCUCCUGUUGUGUGUAAACUUGGAUUAUUAUUAAUUUAUUAUUGGUAUUGGGCUGGGCUGGACAAUGCUGCAAUUGCCAGACUUCACUUUUA